AGAAAGAUAAUGUAUGAACAUUAAAAUGUCAAUUUCCGACGAUGUUCACUAAAUUAAUCUGUGAAAUAUGUAUUCCUGUCACAAUAUUCUACAUCGCUUUUAACAUCAACAUUUUGAUUUCUCAUGACCCAAAUUCAGUACAUGAUUAUAGUUAACUUAGAAGUCCGUGGCGUUCUAUUGAAAAGUAACUUAAUAAUAAAUAAUUUAUAACAGCAUGAACAAGUGAUAUGUAAUUUGCAUGACUGUAUGCUCCUUUUAAAAAUAGAUCUCAGAGCUUGGCUCAUUGUAUUUUUACACAUCUAUCUACUGUUGAAAACCAUAAUAUUUUGGCGUUAAGAUUCUUUUAUGUUUCAUUUGUUGAUUGGUUGUUGUGUCAUUGCGAAUAACCCGCGUCGAAUUUACUUUUGUUCGAUCAUUCAUGAUAAAGUGAUACUUAUAAAAAAGAAGAUUUGGUAUGAUACUGUUUAUUUGAAGUAUAUAACGUAUGUCAUCUCUUCUAACACUGCACUGCCUCAGUUACUAAGUAAAGACAUUUUAAAUCCUGGGGGAAAAGACUUAACUCAAAGGACAAUACUUUAAAGCAUAUAUGACACGUUCGGACGUUUUUGAUAUAUGUCCCUAUUAGUAAAACAAAUGUUGACAACCAUUCCCCCUUUUUAAAACAAUUAAAAAUGUCAACUUUGCCUUAUGGAGUUGAAACAUUUUUUUCAUUAUAAUUUGAAAUUAUAAACUGACAAUUUUAGAUGUUAAUGUACAAUCACGCUUAUACCAAAAAGAAAAAUGCCUUUUGCGAGAUCCUAAAGGAAAACCAGUAGAGAUUUUAUCUAGCAAAUCUCAACGUAUAGUUUACGCAAAAAUCUUCAUUGUAUACUAAAUAAAUAUUGCCAAGUUGAACGAUUGUUGUUUAUUACACUUUCGGGUAAAAUUAUCAGGUGAAUAUAGCUAUCGAUUUGCAAACCCAUAUUUUCGUCCGACUGUCUUCCAGGUGUAUGUGUGUUCGAAGCAAAUGUGUACCGGCCGAAAACACGAGUGUCCUUUGCUUGAUCAUAAUGUUACAUAGAUGGAAAUCCUGGGAAAGGGACUAACGUAUAUUGAUUUGGGGUUAAAUAGGCGAAAGGUUAAUGCACAAUUACUAACGACAUAUUGAAAACAGCUUUAGAAAAAAAUCAAGAAUAAAAUGAUUGUGUGAUUUAAUUGCAGAUGGUUUUGCGUGGUCAGCUGUUAUAGUUACAUUUGUUUGCAUUACUGUUGUUCUUGUAUUGUUUUUUGUUUAUCGCCUGAGAAAAAAUAGAAAUAACUUCGGUGUUUCAUCAACAUCAAGACACGUGCGGGUGGAAGAAUCUAUACAUUCUAAACCUGAGCAGAAAAAGGAUCUUCAGACAGGAAUGAACGGCUUUAAUAAAAAUGAAACAACAUGCAUGAUUCCGCAUGAUGUUUUAGAUUUACAAAAAAAGGAAAUAAUGAAAUGGAGAGAAAGACAUGUGCUCUUUGAAGAAACUACUGCGUCAAAAACAGUUUCGGCUAAAAUGAAAACCCAUGGAUUUGUAAUAUUAUCAGGUCCCCCUGGAUCCGGUAAAUCUGCCAUAGCAUAUAACACAGCUUUUAUAUUAGAAAAGGAUGCGGAAUUUAAUAUUUUACCUGUCUCGUCACCAGAAGAAAUCCGAAAGUUCUUACUGCCUGAAACAAAACAGGUAUUCGUAAUUGAUGAUCCCGUAGGCAAAUAUACUGUUGAUGACUCACGUAUUCAGCGAUGGAAAAAUGAAGAAACUUUUAUCAAACAAACAUUUACAGAAUGUAAGAAUACGAAACUUAUACUAACGUGCAGAUCGUACAUUUACAAUUCUGGGUUUUGUCGCAAAUUACAAAUCUCGCCAAUACACUGUGAUUUGCUAUCACAUGGUUUGAAAUUGUCUUUAGUUGAAAGAACAAAAAUCUGCCACAGGUAUAACAUACCAAAGUUAAAUGACGAUACUAUCAUGAUGUAUGAGUUCUUGCCUUUGUUAUGUGUUGUUUACUCAAGACAAGAGGAUUCAGCUUUGGCUUUUUUAAAUCCAAAAAAAGUCCUUGCAGAAGAAAUGAUUAACACGAAGGAAAAAUCUGAUAUAGGUUUUCUUGCAAUUGCUUUACUUGUAGUGCGAAAUAACUAUAUUGGUAGGCAAACGUUAAGCCUUGAGAAUCUUACAAGUAAAGAGUUGUUAAAUGAUCUGUACAAUGAAUGUGGAUUUAAAUACUUCCCAUCGACUUCGGUUCUUCUAUCAUCCUUAUGCGACUUGAUUGGAACAUACAUAAACGAAACGGAGGACGGAUUUUCUUGUAUUCACGAUACGCUAUUCGAAAACCUUGCGUUUAUAGUAGGGAGCAGUAUCAUUCAUUGUUUAAUUAAAUAUGGAAGUAGUGUGUUUGUGGCCAAUCGAUUGCAGCUAGUUUCUAUACAAGAAAAACAUGACGAAUUGGUAAUCAUGGUGGAACGGGAACAGGAAGAAUUAUAUUUCCAAAGACUACUUAUGGAUAUAAGAGAAGGAUAUCAUAGCCAUGUGUUUACUGGUAUACAGAUGAAGUAUUCACGAUUUAGAUCAAAACUGCUAACAUUUCUUAAACGUCUAAAAGCUGAAGAUUUAACUGGCGAUAAAAAUAAUUCUACACCUCUUCAUAGUGUAUCAGAACACGGCUUUGAUGAUUUAGCACAUGCAUUUAUGCAAUUAAGAAAAGACCAGCUAAUUCAUCAAGACAAAAACAAAAGAACGCCACUGUACAUGGCUUGUUGUGGGGGCCAUGACAAAGUCGCGCUUACACUUCUUGCGAUCGACAAAUCUUCAUUUGAUAUUACAAAUAAUGACGACUUGACCCCUUUCGAUGCUGCUUCAAAUAAUGGUCAUUCGUCUACAGUACGUUUACUUCUAAAGUACGGUGCAAACAUUGAUAGGCAAGAUAAAAAGACGAAAAGAACAGCGUUGCAAAGAGCUUGCAAAAAUGGACACAGUGAUAUAGUAAAUUUCCUAUUGACUAAAAAAUCUGCCGCUGACAAUUUAGAUAUAUAUGGACUAAAAGCGAUUCAUAUAGCAUGUCAAAGUGGUCAUUUAAAAAUUGUUGAACUUCUUCUUCAAUAUAAAGAUAUGAUAAAUGAAUCUGAUGCUUAUGGCAGAACACCUCUUUUUAUAGCUUGUGAAAACAAUCAUCAAAACAUAGUUGACAUCCUUUUAAAAGGCAAGGCAAAUGUAAAUCAAAGAAGCAAAAUAAAUAUUUCACCUCUUUAUAAAGCAUGUCAAAUUAGAAAUGAAUAUAUAGUAGGACGAUUACUAGAUAAAUCUGCAAAUGUAAAUGCUCAGUCUGGUGAUGGCUCCUCGCCAUUGUACAUCGCUUGUUUUAAAGGUGAAAAUAAAAUUGUUGAAAUGCUUAUAGACAAAAAAGCUGAGGUGAACAUAGCUACUAAACAAGGAUUUACGCCGUUUUUAAUAAGUUGUAGUGAAGACCAUUUAGAAAUAUGUGAAUUAUUGCAACUAAGUGGUGCAAAUAUCAACACAGCCGAUAAAUUUGAGUUUACUCCACUUCAUGUUGCGUGCAGAGAAAAACAUGAACGUAUUGUAAGAUUUUUAAUAGAACAAAAUGCAAAUAUUAAUGCGGUUAACAGAAAAAAAGAGUCGCCGUUAUACAUUUCAUGUAUCAAUGACAGUUCCGACAUUGUUAAACUUUUAUUAAAAAAGGAUGCAGAUGUAAAACUUUGCGAAGAAAAGGGGAAUUCUCCGCUUCAUGCCGCAUGUCUAAAAGGAAACAAACAAAUAGUUCAAUUAUUACUGGAUAGAAAAGCCGAUAAACAUAAAAGAAAUAAAGAUGGAAAGACUCCAUUUGAAAUAGUACAAGGAGGUGAACAUGAUAAAAUGGUAGAGCUGUUGAACCGUGAUAAAGAAUGUGAAUGGACGGAAAUUGUCAAUAAGAAUAAAUAAUUUGUAUAAUAACCAGAAUUUUGUAUAAAUAUUUUACAACCUUAAUGCGUUUUAUUAACAUGUUGAUAACCUUACAGCUGGAGAUAAAAUUUCUAUAUACAAUAUAUAUUUUUGCGCAAUAUGUUACAUGG